AUGCAGCCGAACCGCAAACGCCCGGCGCCCGGUGCAUCGCCAUUGGCUCAGCACAACAUGUCUGCGCCGUCGAGCUGGGACCCACCGCAAAUGCCUUUCCCGACAGACUACAAUGCCAACUUUGACUAUCCCCUCCCCGACAGCGGCAACCAGUCCUUUGACUUUUCCUCGGACCCGUCACUCUUCGGUGCACAGCAGUUCAACACAUUCAACACCAAUGCGAGCAGUGUCAACGCCAACAACAAUCUGCCGGUGCAGUCCACCGAAAUCGUGCGGCGGCCGCGCAACAACCAGCUCGCACAGCAGCAGCACUCGCAAUAUGCCGCGAGCAACAUGAACAACCACUCGCAGACUCCGCAAGAUGAAGAAGAUGAGCCCGACGAGGCUACUGUUCAGGCCAUGGUUGCUCAGGCAAAGAAGGGGGAUGGCAAUGGCAAGAGGAAGGACAUUCCGCCGUUUGUGAAGAAGCUCAGCAACUUCCUCAACCAGGAAGACCGCACCAAUCUCAUUCGGUGGUCGAGCGAUGGCAAGUCGUUUGUCGUGCUGGACGAGGACGAGUUCGCGCGCACCAUGAUCCCAGAGCUCUUCAAACACAACAACUACGCCUCAUUCGUGCGUCAACUCAACAUGUACGGCUUCCACAAGGCUGUCGAUAUCAAAGACGGAUCUCUGCAUCAGUCAGAACUGGCGAGAAGUAACAAGAAGCCGCCCAGCACGUACAAGCACAAGUACUUUCAAAGAAACCGCCCGGACCUGCUGUGGCUCAUCUCAAAACCUAACGCCAAAGCGAAUAACAAGCGGCCGAAGCGCGAGGGAAAGGAGGGCUUCGACAGCGACGAAGAGCGCUACAACUCGCCGGUUCCAGAUGGCCGGCCUCAAGCUGGGUUGGGAGGCGCAGGUGGAACUCAAGAUGUCAUGACGCUUCCUCGGAAUGAGCUGAAUACGUUGAAGCAAGAGCUUGCCAAACUACAACAACAGCAGAGCAUGAUAUCCUCAAUGAUCACCAAACUCAAACAGCAGAAUGAUCAAUUCUAUCGGCAAGCAUCGCAAUUUCAAAGCCUACACGACCGGCACGAGAACUCCAUCAACGCGAUCCUUACUUUCUUGGCAACAUUCUACAACCGUAGUCUGGAAGAUCCAGAUGGACAGAAUCUGGUGAACAUGUUCAGUAACGUCGGUCCGAACAAUCAGCCUCCACAAGGUGGUGUGGUUGAGGAGUUCAACGAUGGUACCCCGGACAACACAGACACUCGACUUCAGCGAUACGUAAAACGGCCACAACUACUUCUCACAGGCUCACAGUCUUCGCCUUCACCUGGAUCUCUCCAACCUGGCCAGACUUCGACCACACCAAACUCUAAUCGCCGGUCGAACAGCCCGCCAAACAACAUAGCCAAACGCGAAAGUUCCGCGAGCGUCCCACCACUUGCGCAAUCUCGCAGCCCUGCCAUCACCAAUGACGCACCAGAUGUAAUGACAGGCAAUGACCAGCUCACCAGCGCUUUUCAAGGAAUCAACCAGUCACACGGGCAUUCUUCUCAACUUAGUGGCGAUGGCAGACAGCAGUUUAUGGAUGUGCUGAACCAAGUCGGUGGUGGCGGAAAUGGAGGUCAGCAGCAUAUUCAAGACAUGCAUGAUACUGUGGUCGAGAACAGCAAUCAGCUCGCCGCCUUGGGCAAUCAGCAGAGGAACAUUGAUGAGGGCAUUCGGAAUGUGCAGGAAAAGCUUCAGCGCAUCGGUUCGGGUUUCACGCCGCCUUUGCUGCCAGAUUCUGGGCCGGACUUCGGUUUCCCUGCGUUUGGUGUCGAUGGUCAGCAGGCUCCAAAUAGUCAACUUGAGUUUGACGACUUCCUCAACAGCCUUGGCAAUGACGGGACCGAUAAUCCUCCCCCAGCAAACGACUUCUUCCCCGAGGGGCAAACCAUCGAUCCUGCGUUUGAAGACUUGUUGAAUGAAUCUGCGCAAUAUGACGGAAAUGAGGGUAUGUUUGGAGGAGGAAGUGGCCUGGGGUUUGAUGAUGCGAGCUCGACGCUGGAACCCGGAGCAUUGUAUGGGCAGCAGGGGAGGGUGGAAAGUCUGAAUAGUAGUUCAGCUGCCAGUCCUGCUGUUGGAACGCUGGAUGGCGAUGGCGAUGCACCGGAUCGGAAAAGGUUGAGAACUGGGUAA